AUGUUCACUCGCGACCACUCGGAAGCCAAAUCAGUCUUGCCUAGUGAGAUGUUCAGAGAUGAGAGCAAGAAGUCUAGCUCGAGUUACAAGUCCUCGACGCCCAAAACAGAGAUAGUUCGGAAGGUCGUUGAAGAAGAGACUUAUACGGAUGAACCCGACUUCAGCAAGUUUGUGAGCACGUACAGCGAGCCUGUGAAGGAGAAGAAAAUCGAGAAGAAGCCUGCUGAGAAGAAGAAAGAGGAAAAGAAGAAGGAGAGCACAAGGAAGGAGAACCCCAAGAAAGAGAGCAAGAAGCCAAAAUCGCCCGUUGUUGAGAGUGGAAGAUAUGUUAGCAGGCCGAUCUCAAGCGCCUUUGCUGCGAAGACUGCUUUCAAGAGCACAUACGAUAUCAGCAUGGCCGAAAAGCAAACCAAAAUCGCUCAGUUGAAGGGCAAAGAGCUUGUCGAGCAGGAGAAGUGGGCUCAAGAGAAACUCAAAGCCCACGCGGGUACCUGUCCCAUGGGAUUCAACUGGGCUCGGUUCAAGCAAAAUGCCAUGCCUGGACAAAUAGAACUGGAAGGUUACCGAUGUUUAGGAGGAUCCCACAUUGUUACUCACGAACUGCUAGCCAAAGGAACGGGCGAUAUCUAUAUGACCACGGAACAGUAUAGUAACCACCUCUUACAGAUAAGAUAUCAACAGAUUCCUGUAAAUGCCCCGUUCUUUGGCGGACAACGCUGGCAUGGUCCAGUUCCCUCCUCGGAUAUGGCGAAGGUGAUUGCCGAUUAUGAGAGCAAAUUGCAAGCGCUUGCGCUACAGCUUGUACUGGCGGUUCAUGGUCCUUUCGUAGACCCUGCUUUGAUACCGCAAUUACAGAAGCAGGUGGUGGACGAAAGGAAGCAAAAAUUCAAAGAGAGAGAUGACCUUGCUGAGCAGUUCAUCAAGCGACCAGGUUCGAGAGGUGGUCCAUGGUGGGAGGAUUGUUCUUGA